UACGAAUAUUGCGCUACAAAGCACGACGGCUGUUAACUGUAGUUUUCGAUUAGUGUUCGGAUAAGGGGCAGUUUACGUCAGCGUUACUGUUAAUUGGUAUUUUACUUGAGGAAAAUGUUAACUCUACUUGUGCCACUACUGUUUUUGUCGACAAGAGUGUUAUCUGAACACUUUGAUACUGUCAUUGGUUGUGGUGGUUUUAUACGUUGGAAAGAAGCCCCAUCUGAUUCGAAACUCGACUUCAAGAAACUGAAGAUCAGUCUAUUUUCAGAAACCACUUCUACUUUGAAGGAUGUAACGGAUGUUCUACCUAAUGGAGCGUAUUCUGUCCCCUUAUAUGAUGAGAGUGUUUACAGAAUAAGGCUGAAUACACCUAAAGGCUGGUACAUCGAACCGUCUGAUGGCUACCUGUUGGACCUUCGGAAAGACCCAAAAGCUUGUUCCAAAGAUUUUGAUUUCAGUAUUGUCGGGUUCUCAAUUUUCGGCCAGGUGACUACCUCCGGUAUGCAGACUGGUCCUCCUGGUUUAUCUGUUCGAUUGAAUGAAUUAGCAUCUCACAAACCAGUGCUUCAGAAUGUUACUCAAAGUCAGGGUCAUUUCAUCAUUUCUCCAGUUUCCCCUGGAAGCUAUUCAUUAGUAAUCAGCAACCAAGACCACGCUGAAAAAAAUCACACACGAGCAUCCAUUGUUGUCAAAGUUCUAUCUGAUAGUAUUGUUCUCUCAGAACCAAUAGUUCUUCUUGGACAUUUUCUUCGUGGACGCGUGGUGGAUUUUCACAAAAAUCCCAUAGUCAAUGCAAGAGUCUUCCUUCUUUGCGAUAAAGCAAAAGCAACCUUGAAUACCUCUAUUACUCCUGACAAGUUGGUUUCUUCUUUGAUGGUGGAAACUCUUGGUGAAACUUACCACAGGUUCUUUCUAUCACAAGAGUCUUCGACGGACACGAAUGGUUAUUUCACGUUUGAUCGUCUUCCAGGCGGUAGCUAUAUUCUUGUAGCCUCAUACUCUCCGAAAAAACCGAGUGCAAAGUUUACAUUCACUCCGAAAUUCUACCCAAUAAUCAUGGAACAUGAUGAUGUCGAUCUUGGGUUAGACACAUUCACUUUGGAAAGCUUUAAGCUUAAACCAGGACGUGUGCUCUGGUCCAAUAGGACUCCGAUUUCGUCAGCCAAGAUCGAAAUUACUGGUAAAGCUCAAAACUCUGUAAUAUCGGAUAGUGAUGGCUUUUAUCAGUUGGGGAAUUUAAUUCCGGGUGAAUAUACGUUCCAGACAUUAGUCAAUAGUAUGGAACUGUUAAGUAAGAGUGAUUACCAUUCAGUAACCGAUGUAUUUAAACAGAGUUUAACAACAAAAUAUUAA